ACCAACGGCGUACAUUUGCGUUUCGUCGGUAGGGACAUGUCUUAAGUACCGUAUGUGUUUAGGGGGGCGGGGAUUCCGAGCUGAUUUGGUCCCUCGCGGCGAUGCUGAAACCAAACCUACGCCUUGGGUCAAACUCACGGAUUUAGGUAUUAAUAGAUGAAAACAGCUGUUUGAUAGACGCGCAGACACGUUAUUUUCCGCGGGUAUCGACCCCAUGGGGAACCGGACGGGGAGACGCGCUAGGAGGAAGCGGAGGAGGCAGAAGUCCGGGCAGGAUCGCAGCCGAACAGUGAGCUUGUGUCAUAAAUCUCAGUACGUGGAACUGAUGAGAUGGCUUAAGGAGCGUGGAUUCUCCUCCAGAUCCCUGGUCCCUGCGCUCUUCUCAGAUACUGGAAGAGGGCUGAUGACUAUGCUGCCUGUUCAGGCUGGUGAUGUACUUAUCUCCUUGCCCGAGACGUGUCUUUUAACCACUACGACUGUUCUCAGGAGCCCUAUUGGUGAAUACAUCAGAAGGUGGAAACCACCUCUCUCGCCACUUCUGGCCAUCUGUGUGUUUCUCAUCUCCGAGAGGCAUUUGGGCUCGCAGUCACAGUGGAAGCCCUACAUCGACGUCCUGCCCAAAUCAUACACGUGUCCUGCCUACUUCUCAGACAGCGCCAUCGGCCUGCUGCCUGGUGUUCUCAGGAAGAAGGCCUUGGAUCAGAGGGAUGCAGUUCUGGAGAUGCACUGCUCUUCACUGGGUUUUUUCCACACCCUCCAGCCCCACUUUUCACAGCCUGUGGAGGACAUAUUCAGCUUGGAUGCCAUGCGCUGGGCAUGGUGCACGGUCAACUCUCGAACUGUGUAUGUGCAGCGGUGCCAGAGUCCCUUCCUCUCCGGGGAUCCCGACGUGUACGCAAUGGCUCCGUACCUCGACUUACUCAAUCAUAGUCCUGUUGUUCAGGUGGAGGCCGGGUUCAAUCGAGCGACAAGCUGUUAUGAGAUCCGCAGCACACUGGGCUGCAAGAGAUUCACUCAGGCCUUCAUAUGCUAUGGUGCCCAUGACAGCCAGCGCCUCCUGCUGGAGUACGGGUUUGUGGCACCAAACAACCCUCACCGUGUAGUCUACGUAGACCCAGACCUCCUGCAGAAGUUCAUCAUUGGGGCGGACAGACAGUUUUCACAUAAACUGCUUUACCUGAAGGAUCAUCACUUCCUGGAAAACCUGACCUUUGGGGUGGAAGGUCCAUCCUGGAAGUUAAUGACAACACUUCGACUGCUGUCCCUGGGACCAGAGCAAUAUGCAUCCUGGAAGACUGUCCUCUUGGGGGCAGCGGUGAGUCAAGAUUGUGAGGAAAGGAGCGUCCAUCUGGCCAGGAUCUUAUGCCAGCACCUCAUGGAGGAGAACACAGACGCUCUUGAGAGGCUUUCCCUCAUGAAGCUGGAUGCAGAUCUCUCUCUGAGGGAGCAGCUGUCUGUGGUGGAAAGCCUCAGAUGUGAGGAGCAGAAGAUUCUAGGAUAUUCAUUCGAAGUUCUUCAGUUAGUCUGGAUGUAGCUACUCCCAUCUCAACAUCCAUCCUACAAUCACUUAUCUUGGUUGUGGUUGUGGGGGCACCUGGAACCUAUUCCUGGCAGUACAGCAGGGUUAUUCAAAUCACGGUCCUCGAGGUCCGAGCAGUGCUGGUUUUCCAACCUUCCUUUACCUGUGAGCCAGGUGUGAAGCCCCUGACCAAUCAGAAUCAGUCAUAAUUAAACUAACUACCCGGGAGAACUGAAAACAAGGCCUGGAUUUGGAAUCGAGGUCUAGAUUUGAAGAGCCCUGCAGUACAUUAUCACCUCCUGUGAUAAUCAGCUGUGGACUGUGUGGCUUUGCAUGCUGGACUAACUUCAGCCCUAAAGACUGUAUGCAGGGAAAUCAUCGGAGUUUAGUAACCUGCAGCUUGGACAGGCAGCUAUUGUCACACCUGUUGCUGUCCUAAGAUGAAUAUGCCUCACACAAGGGAAUUUUGAUCCUGCAGGAAGAGAGUGAGAGGACUUCCUGAGGAAACGGCUGCAACCCUGCAGACCUCGAGUCCGUCCGUCCUCCACUGCUUCUGCCAUGACACAUCUGGGCGUGGAAUACAUGACCAGACACACCACCAAAACCAGUUAUCCUCCAUGCAAAAUUAGUUUUUUAAAUUGAUCUUGAUGGGGGGGGGAGUCCAUGCCCUUCAUCUCAUCCUAUGAACAGAAACAUCUCUUUACACUGGUUUGCAGUCACAGACCAGCACGGACGCGUGAUCGAAGGCAACACUUUUCUCCAUGUUGUAGUUCAACCCAUUUUACCUCAACUGAUGGAAAAAGUUAGUUACACUUCUGGAGAUACCUCAGUCAAAAUGUGAAGUAGGGACACCCAAGAGGGCAGCGAUUGUGCUACAAACAGGAAUAUGACAACGUUCUGCAAGAAACACAGUUUUCUGUAUUGGCCAGAUCUGUGCCAAAAUCAUGUCAUCUGCAAAAAAGAGAAAUCCUAGUUUGUCUCCGUGUUCCAGUACACAAUGUGUUUCACACUUAUCGUAGUCUACAAUAAAGAAUAA